AUGCCUACUGGAUUGGCAGGAGUUUUGAAUGAAGUCGGCCCUGAAGAGCACAAGAGAGAUUCUGCUUAUUAUUCAAGUCUAGACCCAUCAUCAAAGCACAACUCGCAAUUAUCGAGCAGCGAUGUCGUCAUGGCUCCUUCUCCAACGGGAUACCAUUCCUCCAGUGCCGAUAUAAGUCCCUCUCCUGCAGCAAAUCACAUUGCCAGUCAACAACUUACCUCUCCCACCUCUGGCAGCAUGAGCGUCGCAUCUAUGGUCUCCCCAUCUUACGAAGACUCCGUGGCUAGUCAAUUAGCCUCCAUGUCGGGCCAAACAAAUAGACAAUCAUAUGGCUCCGGACUUGGAGCUCUUUCAAUGAACGGGGAUUCCCGUCGGGAGAGUGUUGAUUCUAGAUUGGGUACUGGUUUCCAAGAUUUGCGUCUCAAUUCGCCAUACGCCAGCAAUAAUCAAUCAACCACUUCAAUCCAGAGCACUUUACAACAGCAGCGCAACCCUGGUAAUACCGCUGACCGCUUGUCAAACCCGAGAUUCUCAAACAGCUAUCAACCACAACGUCUACCAGAACCAACCUCCCCCAGAAGUACAAUGCCAAAGACUGCUCCCAUGAUUACUGGUCCUGCUAUGUCUAAUAUUGCUCGCGCGGCUGAGCCAACUAAGGGAGAAGCUUGGGCGUUCCCUGAGGAACCAGUGCAUAGGGUACGGAACUCGCACGAUCGACAUCUCGAGGAUAACCAGAGCAUGAGCAGAAAUCGUCAAAUAUCUGAUUUGCAAGCUGAGGAUGGCGAUUCACCAAACAGUGGACAACCUUACAGUCGCACACCUGAGCUUCGUGUGAGCCAUAAACUUGCGGAAAGAAAACGCCGAACUGAAAUGAAGGAAUUGUUUGAAAACUUGAGGGAUUUGAUGCCUCAAGAACGCGGUAAUAAAGCUAGCAAGUGGGAGAUUUUGACAAAAGCUAUCGCCGAACAUAACGCACAGGCAAAGGAGAUACAAGAAUUGAAAGCGAGGCUACACAACUCACAAAUCGAGAUGGACAAUCUUCGCCGCGAAGGUAACGUCAUUCGCUUGGAGAAUUCCCAACUUCGCAGCGAUCUCAGUCAAGCUGGAUCCAAUAAUCAUCCGUCUGUCAUGAAUGGAUUCACCUCAAUGCCACAGAACGGUGGUUCACAUGUCGACAUGAAUGCAUAUCAACCAGAGAGUUACGCCCCAAGAGGUUCUUAUCAACGCAACGAGCAAUUACCACCACUUCGAAUGUCACAACCUGAAUCCAUGAGCGGAGUUCAAUAUCAAUCGGACAUGAACCGUAAUGGGUAUCGUGAUCCUCGAUUCUAG